GUCACUGCAGACGCAAACGGGGGAGCUUUUUGUAUUCCAUCUCAACCUUUGUGCAAAGGAAACUCAUAAAUACUCAUCUGGUUUAAGUUGAGAUAGCAAAAAUUGACUUUUUCUUUAUGUCAGAUCAUUUUAGUCAAUUAUACGGGUCUAAAUAAAAAGCAGAAGAGAUAAUUCACGUAUAAAUUCAAAAAAGCUUCAAUAUCAAAAUUAAUUGGUAGUAACAAGAGUUACUCGAUGGCGGAGAGUGGGACCCAAUGUUGCGAGAAUCCUCCCGUUUUGUAUUCAAGUUGUGGAGUUGGGCAUGUUGAAGAGAUUGGUGGCCUCAAAUGUUAUGUAUCCGCCAGUUUUAAUUCCAACCUUGCUGUUAUCCUCAUCAGUGAUGUUUUCGGUUAUGAAGCUCCAAAGUUAAGGAAGCUCGCAGACAAAGUGGCUGAAGCUGGUUACUAUGUUGUUGUCCCUGAUUUCUUCCAUGGAGAUCCAAUCAAUCCUGAGAUCAAAGAUAGACCACUUUAUAUUUGGAUAAAAGACCAUGGAACUGACAAAGGAUUUGAAGAGGUAAAACCAAUAGUUGAAUCUUUGAAGCAUAAAGGGAUGAAUAAAAUUGGAGCUGUUGGCUGUUGUUGGGGAGCCAAAGUGGUAGCACUACUAGCACAAAGUGUUGAAUACAUACAAGCAGGAGUUUUCCUACAUCCUUCAUUUGUUACCGAGGAUGAUAUCAAAGGAGUGAAGGUACCACUUGCUAUUCUUGGGGCUGAGAUUGAUCACAUGACUCCACUCCAACUUGUAAACAAGUUUGACAACAUCCUAAAAUCUAAGCCUGAGGUUGAUUCGUUUGUGAAGAUAUUCAAUGGAGUUAGCCAUGGAUGGACGGUCAGAUACAAUGAUGACGAUGCUGUGGCCGUGAAAGCAGCAGAUGAAGCUCACCAGGAUAUGUUGGCAUGGUUUAAAAAAUACAUCAAAUAAGAUUUUAGCGAGUGUGAGCGAAGAUUAGCUUUUCUGGGUAUAUGUUUUCUGCAAUUUAUGAUGUUAUAUGAAUUAUUAAGAGCACAAAAUGAUAUAUGUUGUAUUAUUUAUUUUUUUUUUUUGAGUUGAGGGACUUUUUGACUAUAUGAGUUGUCGUCUUUUUUCUAUUUUCAGACCCUGACUAUAAUUUCUAUAAGCAGGAUAUACCAAAUAUGAUGGUGAUGAUAUAUACUGUAUAAAACAUAUUAUUAUGUUUCCAA